AUGCAAGUGCCUGGUGACCAGGCCUCCCCUCACUGGGCCCGGCCGGGCUCAGCCCAAACGAUUUUAGUGUCACAGACACCAGGUUUAGAUUACAUCAAAUUUACCUGGAGCCAGAUGACUGCUUCUGAGUUUGAAUAGCACUGGGAAGUGAAAAAGACAACAAAGAAAGCUGACUUCAUUCACAUGAUACAGAUGCUAUACUUUGUGAAGGAUCCUGGAGCUACCAUCAGCUUCUUCCAGAGUCUCCUCAACAAGAAUGGGAAGCUUGUGAUCAUUCUAGUGUCUGAUGAGAGUGGCUUGGGGAAGCUGUGGCAUACUUACAAAAACCAGCUUUGUAACAAAGAACUAUCUGAGUAUCUUACCAUUGGAGACAUCAAAAGGUUCCUGGACUCCAAGGGAGUCAGCUACCAGAGCUAUAAGCUGCUAUCGCAAUUGGAUGUGAGAAAGUUGACCAUGAGAUGA